GCUUCAAAAAUGGAGUCUAAGUAUGAAGUCGGAGACCUAGUCUGGGCGAAGAUGAAAGGAUUCCCUUCAUGGCCAGGAAAGGUGAUUGCUCCUAAAGAUGAGGUUAAGAAACCCCUGAAGAAAACACUGCAUCACUUUGUUUUCUUCUUUGGAUCAGAAAAUUAUGCCUGGAUUCCAGAGGAGAAUAUUUAUUUAUAUGCAGCAAACCGAAACAAGUUUAAAUUAAACAGUAGAAUACCUAAAGGAUACAAGGAGGCAUUGGAGGCCAUCGAAGAUGAAGUGAAAGCACAGCCUGCUACAAAAAAUUCCAGGACACUGGAACUACCGUCUAUAGAUGAAGAGUUGGCCCAGAUUUUCCCAGGAAGACCAGAUAGUAGUCCUAUCAAAGAUUACUCCAGAGAACCACUGGCUGGCAAGAAACCAAAGUUGAAAAAAGAUGCGACACCAGUGAAAGAUAAAAAAGAGAGAAAGUCCAUUGGCACAGGAACAGUUGGUCGACCUCCAAAAGUAAAAGAUGAUGUCAGUAGAAAGAGUACUGGUUCUUUGCCUGUGAAAAAGAGAAUGUCAUCUCUAAGUGAGGAAGAAUUGAAGGCUAAGAAACAAAAGUUGUUUGCAGAAGGAAGAAUGAACACAAAAAUCAAAGCUAAACCUGCAACAAAUUCAGUACAGGACAUACCGAUGGAUGUGAAUCAAGAGGACUUACCUUUGUCUCCUCCGAGGGAAUCUCCAACAAAAUCUCCAAACUCAUCAAUUCAUAAUAAAUCAACAUCAGGCACACAAAUAGAGGAGGCUGUCAAAAAACCUCUAAAACCUAUCAUCCCCACACCACUCAGGAUUGGCUUCCUGGGACUAGGGAUCAUGGGGCAGGGCAUGGUAAUGAAUCUCCUCAGAUCUGGACAUGAAGUAACAGUAUGGAACAGAACACCUCAAAAAUGUAAAGAAUUUAUAUCAGCAGGGGCAUUCAAGGGAAAUAACCCAGCAGAAGUUGUACAGGCUUGUGACAUGACAUUUGCCUGUGUAUCAGAUUCUACAGCAGUCAAAGAUUUAGUAUUUGGUAAUUUUGGUGUAUUACAAGGAAUAACAAAGGGAAAAUGUUACAUAGAAAUGUCAACGAUAGAUGAAGACACAAUGCAAGAUGUCGCUGAAGCUAUAAAUGCCAGAGGAGGGGUAUUUCUAGAAGCCCCUGUGGUUGGGAGUAGAGUACCGGCAUUAGAAGGACAGUUAAUCAUCCUGGCUUCUGGUGACAGAAAAUUAUUUGAUGAUUGUUACACAUGUUUUGAAGCAAUAGCAAAGAAAUUCUUAUUUUUAGGUCCAGAAAUUGGUGGUGCUACAAGAAUGAAGUUAAUAGUAAAUAUGAUAAUGGGUACAACAAUGGCCAGUCUGGCAGAGGGUAUGGCAAUGGCUGAGAAAGUUGGCUUAGAUCAGGAAGACGUGGCAGAGGUUCUCUCCCUUGGUUCCCUUUCCUGUCCUACAGUUAUACAUAAAAGUCAAGCUAUUUUAAAUCAAAAGUAUGAUCCUCAUUUUCCAUUAAUGCAUCAGCAGAAAGAUUUACGUUUAGCACUGUUACUGGGAGACAAAGUAGAACAACCAUUAUAUGUAGCAUCAGCAGCAAAUGAAUUAUACAAAAAGGCAAGACGAUUAGGAUAUGCUGAUAGUGACAUUGCAGCAGUGUAUAGAGCCGCCAGUUCAUGAAAUAGAAUCGUCAAAAAUAUAAGGCUAGGACCAAAAUUCUUGUUGUUAUGUGAUAAGCUGGGCUCGAGACAACAGCCAGUAGAGUUGAUAGGAUAAAUGACCAAUAAUAGCUCGACUUUGCCUGGCUUAGGAGUUUGAGAAUGAUAUGAUGUAGGAACAAGCCAGGGAACCAGUUUAUAAAACAAGGGAGAUAAUCCAAACAGUACAAGAUUGGGAUGGCAUUGUGCAAUAGACACAUCUACAGAAUAUCAUUCGUUGUUUUGGAAAUAGGCAGCAAAUCCAUGGAAACAGACAAAUAUGUUAUCAUUAAAUGAUUAUCCAUGUUCUAUUUUUAUGUCAAAGAUAUGUGACUACCAAUAUUUUUAUUUUGUUUAUCACUUAAUUGUUUUAUUAGCAUUAAUCCAGUGUAUUUUACUUUUGAUGUUUGGUGGUACAGUUAAACCUAUUCAAAAUAUUUGAGAAUAUUUUUAAGUCAAAUUGCACAAGUUUUAUCAGAGAGGAUAAAACCAAGAAAAAUGUUGUUUUUUGUAAACUGUGUAAAAGAAGCGAUGAAUCUCGAAACAUAUCCACAACACUGUUUUAAUAUUCAUUAUUGAGAACAAGCAGUAGAUAUUUUGAGCAUAAAACGAUUUGUUUUAUUGUUAAAUCAUCUUACCCAAGGAGGAAAAUUAGUCGGAUAAAUUUACCUUACUCCUUAAAAGGCUGAAUACAGAUCUGUAACAGAUUAUACAGUAAUUGGAAUGGAAUGUUCUGUGAAAGUAACAUAAAAUAUACAUAACAAUUAUUCUUUAUGACUGUUACAAUAAUUUUCUGCCAUUAAUCAACAGUUGAUGUCUGCCAGCAAGCCAGCAAAUAUUCUCACAUCAUAUACUAUUUUUUAAAAGAUGAAGCGAAUACUUGGAAAAGUUAGUUAUCAUAUAGUUCAUAUAUUCUCAAGUUUAAUGCAAAAAGUUCCACACUUAAAAUAGUGAUGAUUAUUUACAUUAUCAUAAAGACGUAAUUUGAAACUGGUUUGACUAUAAUUGUUGUCUAGGAGUAUUAGUUUAGUUGUUAUGUUAGGUACAUAGAGUUAUGUCCCUUAUUCAUUGUAAAUAAUUCCAUUUUACUCAUCAUUUCAUUGAAAUUGAAACUGUAUUGAGUUUUAGUGAUGAAUAUUUUAUAUUUUUGCCGAUUGUGGCCUCUCUCUGAAAUUUUAAAUCCAUAUUAAGCAGGUUGUAUGUUAUAUCAAGUGUGAUUGUUCUGCCUGUCAGUAAUUUGAUAUACCUCGGUCUUUCUAACUAUAUGUCCAUCUGAGCUCAUAUUGAUCUUCAUUAAAUUUUAUAAAAAUGACCUUAAUUUAUAUGAUAUCUAAAAAACAAGUGCAAUUCUAAAUCUAUAUCUAUAAAACAAAAGCAAUUCUAAAUCUAUAAAACAAAAGCAAUUCUAAAUCUAUAAAACAAAAGCAAUUCCAAAUCUAUAUCUAUAAAACAAAAGCAAUUCUAAAUCUAUAAAACAAAAGCAAUUCUAAAUCUAUAUCUAUAAAACAAAAGCAAUUCUAAAUCUAUAAAACAAAAGCAAUUCUAAAUCUAUAUCUAUAAAACAAAAGCAAUUCUAAAUCUAUAAAACAAAAGCAAUUCUAAAUCUAUAAAACAAAAGCAAUUCUAAAUCUAUAUCUAUAAAACAAAAGCAAUUCUAAAUCUAAAUCUAUAAAACAAAAGCAAUUCUAAAUCUAUAUCUAUAAGACAAAAGCAAUUCUAAAUCUAUAUCUAUAAAACAAAAGCAAUUCUAAAUCUAUAUCUAUAAAACAAAAGCAAUUUUAAAUCUAUGAUAGUGUUCUCCCAAGGGCCUUACCAUGGUAAUGCUAUAUUGCUAGAAUGUGAUGCUAUCUGAAAUGAUUUUCUUAUAGAUAGUGUUAUGGAUGUGAUGCUAUAAUUUCUAGAAACAAGAUGGUAUUUUAAAAUUUCCUGUUUUAAUACCAGGAUGAUAUAAGAAAUUUCUGAGAACCCUGUUAAAUAUAUGAUAUCUAUACAACAAGUGUAAUUCUAAAUCUAUGAUAUCUAUCAAACAAGCUCAAUUCUAAAUUUAUGAUAUCUAUAAAGCAAGUGCAAUUCUAAAUUUAUAAUAUCUAUAAAACAAGCACAAUUCUUCAGACAUGUGUUUUACAAAAUGUUAUGUGACCACAACUUUUAGUAUAUCAUAUUAUUAUUUAUAAUACACAUACCAAGUUUCAAAACAUGAACCCUUUCAUCAAUUUAUUCAGGGACAUUUUUUUGAAAUUUUAGUACCACAGUAAUGAUGGAUUGUAUCAAUCUGUCAAGGUAUAUAAUAUAGUCUCUGAAAUCAUAUAUUUUCUUAAGAAUGUGUGUUAUAUGCUUAAUUGUACAGACAAAAGUGUUGACAUGUUAGAAAUUGUAGAACCUUAGUGUUGAAUUUUAGUGGACUUUUAAAAAAUGGAGCUUUUAGAAUUGGAAAUAUUAUAAAAAGAAAAAAAAAAUUUCAAGUUUGAAUUGUAAGCAUGGAAACAUUUAGAUUUGAAUUUAUGUUUUUUUCACAUACUGUGAAUUUUUAUAUAUUGGUUAGUGGAAAAAAUGUAAAACUUGUGCAAAAAAUUUAACAAGCACGAAUUGUAUCAAAUUUUAAAUUUAUGGGUAUAGCACCUUGAGAAAAUACCGAUUUUGUCUUGAUUUUUUAAAAUUUUUGCCUGAUUGUCAAUUUGUAGUUGUCUCCCUGUAUGUACUUAAUGAAUGCUUUUAAUAGCCAUCCUUUACAGUAUUAGAAAUUUAUAAGUGAAAUGAAGUGUAGAAGUUAGGAUUUUUGAGUUCUACUUUACAGUAUUUCUGUGACUUGUAUAUGUAUAAGUCACAGAAACAGAAAUGUUUCAGAUUUCAGAAUGUAAUUGAUUGGAUAUAGAAAAAACCUAAUUUCUACAGAAUGUAACAUAGAAGUAUAUAAAGAAAUUGUUUGUAAAGUUAAAAACUAUGUAAUUAUUAUGCUAUAAGUAAUGUAUUAUUUUGUUUCUUAUCUGUCUUUAAUUUCAUUGAACUCUGUUAGGACUAUCCGAUUAAAAUGGAAAGGAAGGGUAGUGGGUGUUAGGACUAUCCGAUUAAAAUGGAAAGGAAGGGUAGUGGGUGUUAGAACUAUCCGAUUAAAAUGGAAAGGAAGGGUAGUUAGGGACUCCCAAAAUAUCUCAACCACCAAGAAAUUUGGAAAUUAUUAAAGGGAUAUACAGCAAUAAAUCACUAAUGACUUUUGUCUAAAAUUCAAAUUUGCCAUCCUUCCCUCAUUUCAGUGGAAUAGACCUUAAUAACAUUUAAUUAGCACUACACACAGCUGACUAUAUACACUUAUUUAUUGCCAAUAUCGUAGCAUUUUCUUUUCUUCAAGAUAAUAGUCUAGGCGCUGUAAAGAAUUUCAUUUACACUUUUCCUAAAAACUAAUUUGUUUCAUGUAUUUUUCUCCAGUAAUGUAAUUUGUUUCAUAUAAUUUGUAAAAUGUAUAGAAGAUGUAGAUCAUUAUUCAUUAUAUUGUGCUCUCAUGAAAUAUCACUGUCAGAUGUAUAAAGUCACUUCACUGGCAUUAGUUCAACAUUGCAACUGUAGUCAUCAUAAAUUAAUAAUGUCUUUUUCAUUAUUGUAUAAAAAUCACUAAGAUCUUGUUAUAUUAAAUGAAGAAGAAAUUUCUAAGUAUGUCUUA